GGUAGUGGAUCAGCGACAGAGGAAGGGAAUGAAUUAGCGGAGUUCCAAUUCUUCAAAAAAGUAAUUGGAUUAAAGUGGUUCUGGUUAAAAUUGGAGGUAUGGACAGCGGUCCGACAUUCGAUUGCAAGUUAACAGCGGUAUCAGAUCUCCUUUACCCUUUUCACUGGAAAUAAGGAAACCAGAAACACACAGCCAAUAUGCCAGUUGACCUGAAUGGGUAUUGGAAAAUGAUCUCCAAUGACAACUUUGAGGAGUACAUGAAAGCCCUCGAUGUAAAUGUUGCCAUUAGGAAAAUUGCCAACUUGUUGAAGACUGACAAAGACAUCAGUGUUGAUGGUGAUCACAUGGUCAUCAAGACCCUCAGUACCUUUAAGAACUACAACAUGGAUUUCCAUGUUGGCAAGGAGUUUGAAGAGGAUCUGUCAGGGGUCGAUGACAGAAAAUGCAUGACAACUAUCUCAUGGGAGGGGGACAAGCUGGUGUGUGUUCAGAAGGGAGAGAAGGAGGGCCGAGGCUGGACCCAUUGGGUGGAGGGAGAUAAGCUUUAUUUGGAGCUGAGAGUUUGUGGAGUUGUGUGCAAGCAGGCUUUCCAGAAAACCUAAACCAGCACUGGAACAACAGAACGGCGCACCCGGCCUGAGAGGGCAAGACAUACAUGAACAUGACCCAAGCCUGUGACAGAGAACCCCUUUUGUAAUCAUCUGUCUGCCCAUCCAUCCAUUCUUCUUUAUUUCCAUCCAUCCUUUUACAUUUAAUUCCAUCAAGACUGUUACAUUGCCCCACUCAAACUAUCCACAACAGGGGAGAUGUAACAAAAAGGAAAACAA